AGCAUGCUCUGUUGCUUUGCGUGUGUUGCUGACGCGACGCGGAAAUCAAUUUCUCAAGACGCACGGAAUAUUGAACGCGACAACACGCAAGUGCAAGCCGGUUUUACAGCGACAGUGCCACAGGCCUGCCAAAGGAAACACAAGUCCAGCUUGUAACGGCCUUUUCAGCCAGUCUCAGCCACCACGGGGGUUCUCUCUGUCCUCUUGGUCGUCUGGCUCUAUCGCAAGAUGAGCUCCUACAUGGGCAUCAUCGACCUAAAGCGCAUACCUAUUGUCACAAAGGCUGUUUGCGCGGCGACAUUAGCUCUUUCUCUCUUCUCCUGGCUACUGCGGUAUCGGCAUUGGGCAAGCACAGGUGACGAAGAAACGCGGACAGAUGCCGGGAUCGUCAAGUACGUAACGCUCGUCCCGGCUUCUUCAUUCUACUUGCCAUGGACGCUCAUUACCAAUCAGGUGGUUUCGAGCAAUCUUGUGACAUUAGUCAUUAGUUUCGCCGUCUUGCUUCUUGGCGGCCGGUACCUCGAACGGGCGUGGUCGUCCAGGGAGUUGGCACAAUUCUAUCUCAUUGUUGGCCUUUCAACGAGCAUUUCGAUGUACAUUGGGCUAGUCUUCCUCUCUGGAUUGACCCGUGAUACAGCCUAUAUUCACUACGCCAUCUAUGGCUCGAGUGGCCUUCAAGCAGCUAUUCUCGUGGCAUUCAAGCAACUCGUGCCAGAACACACAGUCACUCUCUUCAAGGAUCGCAUCAAAAUACGUGUGAGACAUAUUCCUGCGAUAUACUUGCUGUGCACUAGCAUCUUGGCGCUGCUGUUGGGACACUUUCAAACUAUACCCACAGCAAUAACUGGCUUCUUUGCAUCGUGGGUGUACCUCCGAUUCUACAAGCCUGCACCUCCAGACCUUGCAGCGCACUCGGUCUCGCUGCAUGGCGAUGCUUCGGAGACCUUUCGUCUCUCUGGCUUCUUCCCGGAUUUCGCACAUGGACAAAUAGACUACAUCAGUGACAAAGUCUUUGACUUGCUCGUCUCGCUCGGUAUAUGCAUCCCAUUCGGCGAUCAAGAAGAGCGCAACGAUUACGGCCAUCGAACAACGCCCAAUGUUGCAAAUCGAGCUGAAGCAGAGCGAAGACGCGCAUUGGCCCUCAAGGCAUUGAGUACACGAUCACAGGCAAAGCAAGAGGCAGAGAUGAUGCUAAAUGAGCCUGGGCCGGAAAGCAUGCCGCAACUUUAGAACCAUUUUCAGGUUUGUAGAACGUCUAUUCAUGCGUGUG